AUGGAAUGCCCGCACUUGUGUCAACUCAAUGGCGCCAAAGUGGCCAACAAUCCGGUCUUGAAGUGGUUGACGGCUUCGCCAGACUUUGAGUGUUCUGUCUGUAAGUCGAAGAAGAGUUCUUGGAUUUGUGUCCAUUGCGGUCAAGUCGGUUGCGGCCGUUAUGUGAGCGGACACGCGAAACAACACUUCGAGCAAAUGGCCGCACAUUCGCUGUGCUUUGAUUCCGACUCUUUCGCCGUCUUUUGUUAUCUCUGCGAUGACUUUGUGGUGAACGACACGCGAACCCGUCUUUUACAUCAUCUGAGGAAAAAAUUUCAAUCAAGAAACGAUCCGGAAAACUGUGGUCACACUCAGAGCCAACAAAACGCACAAAACAUGAAGUCUUGCGGAGUCGCGGGUAAGAGGAAGGGUUCGCUUGAGAACCAACAACAGUCCUCGAAAAAGAUGAAAGCGAAGCAAAGGCUGUCCAAAGCACGAGCCGCUGGUCUCAGGAAUUUAGGGAACACUUGUUUUAUGAAUGCAGUCCUCCAGUCAUUGAGUAAUAUUCAACAAUUUAGUUGUUAUUUCAAACAAUUGCCGGCUUUGGAUAAGCAUCGCUGGAACGGCAGCCGAACGGCCAUCGCUUCGGCCAAACGGAUGACCGACGGCGACGCCCUAUUGGCCGAAGAGUUGCGAAAGACGAUGAUAUCUCUGUGGGAGGGCAGUAAGUCUGCCAUUUCUCCCGAAUCUUUGUUUUCUGUGAUAUGGAAAGUGGUUCCGCGGUUCAGAGGUUAUCAACAACAAGACGCUCACGAAUUCCUGCGAUAUAUGUUGGAUAGACUGCACACAGAAUUGUUAGGCAUUGUUCCCAAUACUAUCAAAAGGCAUAACAACACACGAAACUUCCUGCAGUCGCCGACCGGGAAGUCAACGAUCGUUACCUCCAUUUUUGGUGGCGUUCUUCAGAAUGAGGUGACGUGUCUGGUCUGCAGAACCGAAUCCAAAAAACACGACCCCUUCCUCGACCUAUCGCUAGACAUUCCUCAGAUGUGCUCAAACGGCAAGAAUGGUGUCACUGAAGAGACGGUCCAGAGUUGCCAUUUGUCGGACUGUCUCUCCAGUUUCACAGAACUCGAAGAAUUGGCCGAAACAGAGCUUUACAACUGUCCGAACUGUAAACUCAAGCAAAGGUCCACAAAACGAUUCUGGAUUAGAAGGCUUCCUAAUGUACUUUGUCUACAUUUGAAACGUUUUCGUUGGAAUAACUUCUUCAGAACCAAAUUAGAUAAUUAUAUUGAAUUUCCGGUCAAAGGUCUCGAUAUGAGUUCAUAUGUUCUCUCAAAUAUGCACGAAACUCGAGGCAAUGCCUGCGGUAGUACUUUGUAUGACUUGGCGGCCGUUAUCGUACAUCACGGCAAUGGCGCUGCUUCUGGACAUUACACUUCUUAUGCCACUCACGAAGACAGUUGGCAUCACUUCAACGACAGCUCAGUGACCGUAUGUGAUGAGCAAACUGUGUCCCAAAGCAAAGCCUAUAUCCUGUUCUACAUUCGCCGAGAGCUCAACUUAACGCCAUUCACGAUAUGAUACACACGAGUGAUAAGUAUUUGUCGAUUGAAUUUGCAUUCAAACUAUUUUUGAUAGAAAUGCUAUUGUAUUACAAGAUAACCCGUUUGUAAAUUCAUUUAGUAUUCAAAUACAAAACAAAUAUUUAAUUUUCAACAAAAAAAUAUCGAAA